AUGCUGACCGCUCAUUUUCCUCAUGGUUUGGCCCCGACUGAGAAGGUGACAGAUGUUCAUCGACCACAUGUUCUCGAUCCUCACUGGUUCCAUCAGAUGAGGAAACUUCAUUUGCUGAGCUGUUGUUAUUCAGGGCAUCUGAGAUGGCCGAGACUUCGUGCAGCUUAUCUGAAACUGGUGAUCAGAUGUGUGCUGCUGAUUAAAACGGCCGGGAAGCUUGGAGGAGGUGGUGUAGCAAUCUCUGCAGAGGUCGUACCCUACCUGCUCAACGCAGUCUUUGCAUCUGUAUCUAUCGCCGAUUAUAGGCCAACUCCAAUAUGGACGUUUGAGCUAGAAUUCCACAAUGGUAAAGGAUCCUCUCCAGAAGAAAAUGAAAAGUGGAAACUUUCCUUAUCAGCUUUUGAUGAGCCUGAUAACCAAAAUGUUGGAAUUAGAUAUGACAGCCAAGAGUAUCACUAUGUAACUGCUCUUGUUUCAUCUGUAAAGUCUCUCUUCUCAGCGCGUAUUCUUUUGGAAAUUGCUCCUCCAGAAAAUGAUCAAACUCCAAGCAUACUUUUGGAGUGUCCCCUGGAUGCAGACUCUGACAAACUCCACACUUGA